CCGACGUUCCCGGCCCGGGGGCCUCUGGCCUGCCGCCGGGCCAGGCCGUCUGCGCGGGCCCUGACCCCCGCCCCGAAACGCAGCUUCCAGAACUCGACCCAUUUUUCUCCUGGGCUGAGGAGCCCGAGGAUUACGGCGCCCCGAGUCUCCCGGCGAGCACGUCUGUCCGCGUGCAGGUUUCCAGCCGCGGCUGCCCAGCGCGCGGCGAGGCGGACUUCCUCCCCUGCUUCCCCUCGCCCGCGGCGGGCGAGCUGGCGCCGGACGGGGGUCCCGGGAGUCCGCACCCGGCCUCGGACUUCAGCCAGGCCCCCGCGCUCCCCGGCGAGCCCGCGGGCUGUCAGGAGGACGGCCUCCGCCUCCGAGCCGUGUUCGACGCCCUGGACGGGGAUGGGGACGGCUUCGUCCGCAUCGAGGACUUCGUCCAGUUUGCCACGGUCUACGGGGCGGAGCAGGUGAAGGACUUGACUAAGUACCUGGAUCCCAGUGGGCUCGGUGUGAUCAGUUUUGAAGACUUCUACCAAGGGAUCGCAGCCAUCAGAAACGGAGGUCCUGAUGGCCAGGUGUAUGGCGGCGUCGCACCUGUCGAGGACGAGGAGCCCCUGGCCUGUCCCGAUGAGUUUGACGACUUUGUCACCUAUGAGGCCAACGAGGUGACAGACAGUGCGUACAUGGGCUCCGAGAGCACAUACAGCGAGUGUGAGACCUUCACUGACGAGGACACAAGCACCCUGGUGCACCCUGAGCUGCAGCCCGAAGGGGACGUGGACAGUGCGGGUGGCUCGGCCGUGCCCUCUGAGUGCCUGGACGCCAUGGAGGAGCCCGACCACGGUGCUCUGCUGCUGCUCCCAGGCAGGUCCCACCUACGUGGCCACUCUGUUGUCACAGUCAUUGGUGGGGAGGAGCAUUUUGAGGACUACGGUGAGGGCAGCGAGACAGAGCUGUCUCUGGAGACACCAUGCGGCGGGCAGCUCGGCUGCAGCGACCCUGCCUUCCUCACCCCCAGCGCUGACCCGCUGGCCGCAAAGCUGCACAGCAUCCUCACUGAUGAGGCUUUUGAGUUUUACUGUAGCCAGUGCCACAAACAAAUCAACCGCCUUGAGGAUCUUUCUGCGCGCCUGAAUGAUCUUGAAAUGAAUAGUCCAGCAAAGCGGCUCUCCAGCAAGAAGGUGGCAAGGUACCUGCACCAGUCAGGGGCCCUGACCAUGGAGGCCCUAGAGGACCCUCCCACCGAGUUCGUGGAGGGCCCAGAGGAGGACAUUGCUGACAAGGUCGUCUUCCUGGAAAGGCGAGUGCUGGAGCUGGAGAAGGACACCGCGGCCACCGGUGAGCAGCACAGCCGUCUGCGGCAGGAGAACCUGCAACUGGUGCACAGAGCCAACGCCCUGGAGGAGCAGUUGAAGGAGCAGGAGCUGAGAGCCUGCGAGGUGGUCCUGGAAGAGACCCGGAGGCAGAAGGAGCUCCUGUGUAAGAUGGAGAGAGAGAAGAGUAUCGAGAUCGAGAACCUGCAGGCCAGGCUGCAGCAGUUGGAUGAGGAGAACAGUGAGCUGCGGUCCUGCACGCCCUGUCUGAAGGCCAGCAUCGAGCGCCUGGAGGAGGAGAAGCAGAAGUUGCUGGAUGAGAUUGAAGAGUUGACAGUUCGGCUCAGCGAGGAACAGGCGAAUAAGAGGAAGAUGGGGGACAGGCUAAGCCAGGAAAGGCAUCAGUUCCAGAGGGACAAGGAGGCCACCCAGGAGCUGAUCGAGGACCUCCGCAAGCAGCUGGAGCACCUGCAGCUCUUCAAGCUGGAGGCGGAGCAGCGCCGGGGCCGCAGCAGCAGCAUGGGCCUGCAGGAGUACCACAGCCGCGCCAGGGAGAGCGAGCUGGAGCAGGAGGUCCGCAGGCUGAAGCAGGACAACCGCUGCCUUAAGGAGCAGAACGAGGAGCUGAAUGGACAGAUCAUAACCCUCAGCAUCCAGGGUGCCAAGAGCCUCUUCUCCACCGCCUUCUCCGAGUCCCUGGCCGCAGAGAUCAGCUCCGUCUCCCGGGAUGAGCUCAUGGAAGCAAUCCAGAAGCAGGAAGAGAUAAACUUCCGCCUGCAGGACUACAUCGACAGGAUCAUCGUGGCCAUCAUGGAGACCAACCCAUCCAUCCUGGAGGUCAAGUAGAGGCAGGAGGGCCCAGCCCAGGCUGGAUUCAGGACUUCACCAGCACCCUGGGGUAGCCCCAACACACCCUGAGGAGCUGAGACCAACAGGCCCCACAGCCGACUGAGCCCAGAGCUUGCAGGGAACCCUUGCACGGCUGGGCUGGGCCCAGUGAAGACUGGGGCUGCCGAAGGGGCAAGGGCAGAGGGAAGAGCAGAAGGGAGGGAGAAAGGGAAGCCCCCAGGGCUGGGGCCCACAGUGGGUGAGGGUUGGUUGGGCCUUCCAUCAGCACUGACCAUCCCAGGGGCCAGAGCCUCCCAGCCCCGAGUCAGCCUGAUGUGGACGUCCACACUUCUGUUCAGCAGUGAUGGGCUCAAGAGCCUCUCUGUGCAGAGAUGCGGGUAGUUUCUCAGGCUGGGCUCCUCUUCCUGCUGUCCAGCCCUAUCAGAAAGGAAGGAAGAAGACGGGUCCCACCGGGGGUGCUGCUUGCCUCGCACACCCUGACGCUGUGCUGCCCACGCCUGGCCACUCCCGCAUGGCGUACAGGCCCCUGGACCCUCACACCGGGCGUGGCGGUGUGGGAAGGAUGGGAAGGUGUAGUUGGCUUGUGGCCCCACCCGCUUUCUCUGAGCUGCUCAGGCUGUCACCCCACCUGACAGGGCCACCGCAGUCCAGCUUUGGGUCCAGGAUCCUCCAGGCCCUGCGGCCACUACCACAGUCCAGCCCUCGCUGCAGUAGCCCCUGUGGGGGCUGGGCAGGAGCCAUUGGGACCCUCCUCUCUGAAAUCAGGACUUGAGAUUCUGACCGUGUGGAACUCUCCCUGGACAAGGUGGAUGCCACCGGCGCCCUCUAACCCCCAGGUGCAGGUGCUGCUUCUCGACAGGUGUGGCCUAACCUGGCCUCCCGGAGCCCACACCCUCUCUACACAUUGUCGCUGCCCUGGGUAAAGUCCGCGUUUCCUGGGCCAGAACUGAACGUCUGGAACCCCAUUUCCUCUGCAAAUCGUUGUUCUUCGCAAGGGUGCAUUCUACAGGAGGCUGGGGCAGGGAGGUCUCUCCAAGGACUCUGGGCAGAGUGGGAGGCCUUCCUGCCCUGUGCCCGGCGCUUCCCAGCACCCGGACUACCCAGGGGCAGUCGUGCCAUGGGGCGCUGGGCCUGCCCUGCCCGGGCGUUCCCAGGUGGGUGGAGGCCCCCAUUGCGUGCGCGUGUGCACACGUGUGCUGCCCUGCAUCCCUCUGUCCUUGCGGCCUCCUUUCCACACCAAGAUUGAAGAUGUCGCCUCAUAUUGUACAUUUUGGGGAAAGCGUUGGGUGUAAAUCAGUGUAAACUUGAAGGAAAGAUUUUUCUAUCAUGUAGAGUAGGUAUUUUUUAUAGAAUGAAGGUUGAUCAA